UUCUCACGCGUGCGCAGAGAGCGGCCCGCGGACCCUGCGCGCUCCACCCUGCGCGCGCGCUCCCGUCCCGCUUCCCCGGUUCUUAUAACGCUGCGGGCGUUGGUUGGCGGCGAAGGCGACGGCGACAUGGCGACCAUGCUAGUCGUGGUUCUAGGGCUCGCGCUGCUGGGCGCCAAGAGCGGCUCCAGAGCGGAGAGCCAGAUCUUGACUUCCAUAGACUUUGAUGGCUCCAAAACACGCCUCACCUGCAUCUUCAAUGGCAGUGAUACUGAGAUCCUGGGCCACCGCUGGAUGAAAGGGGACGUCCUGCUGAAGGAGGACGAGCUGCGUAGUAGGACAACGCAGUAUGAGGUGGACACAGAUGAGUCCUCGGGACAGUACUUCUGCAUCUUCCUCCCGGACCUAGGCAGGAGCAGCGUGGGCGUGAAGGGGCCCCCCAAGAUCAAGGCCAGGAAGAAGUCAGAGCAUGCCACUGAGAAGGAGGUGGCAGUGCUGACCUGCGAGUCUGAGUCCUUCCCCCCAGUGACCAAGUGGGUGUGGUACAAGAUAACCGAAGCUGGGGAUCAGGUCCUUACCAACAACUCCCAGAACAAGUUUGUGGUGUCCUCGGACACCACAACGGAGCUGCACCUGCAGAACCUGGACCUGGAGGCCGACCCCGGCCAGUAUGUCUGCAAUGGCACCAACACAGAGGGCACUGGCCAGGCCAUCAUCACGCUGCGUGUGCGUAACCAGCUUGCCGCCCUCUGGCCCUUCCUGGGCAUCGUGGCCGAGGUGCUCGUGCUGGUCACCAUCAUCUUCAUCUAUGAGAAACGGCGGAAGUCGGAUGACAUCCUGGAUGAUGAGGACACAGGCUCUGCUCCACUGAAGAGCAGUGGGCACCAUGUGAAUGACAAAGGCAAGAAAGUCCGCCAGAGGAAUGCCAACUGAGUGGCGAGGGGUCUGCACACGCCCGAGCUGCCGUCCAGAGGAGCCCCGUGUCCAGGGUGUCCGUGCCAUUCCAAGUCCUCUCCUCACGAAGGAAACCUGCCCUGCAGAGUAGACCGUGCUGUGGGUGCAGAUCCCAUUUUCUCUUAUUUUUAAAAAGUCUAAACUUGGGUUUUCUCUAUGUAGAAUUCCAUUCCUUAGGGUUUUUGUUUUUUCUUUUUAAGAGCACUCUAGGGGAGCCACGAGGUUCUGUGGGAGGCCCCUUCUGCCCAU